AUGGCGGCACCAUCGGGCUUCUUUCAGAACCGCAGGGUCUAUCUCUUGACCGGAGUCGCCUACAUGGGCGCUCUGCUCUUUGGCUUCGAUACUGGCGUCAUGGGCUCAGUGUUGGCCCUCGACUCUUUCAAGAAGGACUUUGGCUUGCCUCAAGGAGGAUCUGGGUUUGCCAACGAACAAAAUGCCUACGUAUCAUCCAAUGUUGUUUCUCUGCUUACUGCCGGAGCCUUUUUUGGUGCCAUUAUCGCCGCCAUUGUAAACGACAUUAUUGGCCGCCGCUCUACCUUGUUUGCAUUUGCAACAGUCUUUAUGAUUGGCGCCGCGAUUCAAACCGGGGCUUCUCACGACCUUGCGUAUAUUUAUGCCGGUCGCGUGAUUGCAGGCUUGGGAAUAGGAGGCCUGAGUGGCGUCAUGUCCGUCUAUGUUUCCGAAAACGCUCCUCCAAAGAUUCGCGGACGCAUCGCCGGCCUAUUCCAAGAGUUACUGGUCAUUGGCUCAACUUUUGCAUACUGGCUAGACUAUGGUGUAGACAAGCAUAUCCCUUCCAGUACCAAGCAAUGGCGCGUGCCCGUCGCGGUCCAGCUCAUUCCUGGCGGCUUGAUGAUGUUGGGGCUUUGCUUCCUCAAGGAAAGCCCGAGAUGGUUGGCCAAAAAAGGUCGACAUGAAAAGGCUCAUGCGGCUCUGGCACAUGUACGAUGCAAGUCAAUGGACGAUCCGGAAAUAUUAGAAGAAAUGGCAGAGAUCAGAGCAGCAAUUGAGGAAGAGAACAAUGCCAUGGAGGGACUUUCGUGGAAGGAGGUUUUUGCACCCGCCAAUCGAAAGCGCUUCAUUUUGGCCUUUUUCAUCAUGAUGUGGCAGCAGUUCUCGGGUACCAACUCCAUUGGCUAUUAUGCUCCGCAGAUUUUCCAAACGAUUGGCAUCUCCUCGAGCGACUCAUCUUUAUUUGCUACUGGUGUAUACGGCACAGUCAAGGUAGUUGCUACAGCUAUAUUCCUAUUCAUUGGCAUCGACAAAUGGGGACGUAGAAACUCCUUGUUGGGCGGCGCAGCAUGGAUGACGAGCAUGAUGCUCAUUAUCGGCAUCCUCCUCGUUAAAUUCCCUCCGGACCCUACCGCCAGUGGUGUCAGCAGCCCUAGUAUUGCAAUGGCUGUCAUGAUUUAUCUAUACGUCAUUGGAUAUUCAGCAUCCUGGGGUCCAACUCCAUGGGUCUUUGUUUCCGAAAUCUUUCCGACCCGACUUCGGGCAUACGGUGUUGGACUUGCUGCUGCCACGCAAUGGCUCUUCAACUUUAUUGUUACAAAAAUUACACCUCUGGCAAUUAAUAGCGUAGGAUGGCGAACAUUCAUCAUGUUUGCCGUCUUUUGUCUGGCCAUGGGCAUUUUCGUUUUCCUGUUUGUCCCAGAAACCAAACAGUGCACUCUCGAAGAGAUUGAUGUCAUAUUUGGUGGCGUAGAUGCAGAGACUAGGCGCCGCGACGUAGAGGAAGCACUGGGGGCUGAGAGAAAGGAGGCGGAUUUGGCACAAGACGAGCGUGUAGAGUCUACGCAGGCCUGA